AUGUUUGUCGCUUCGAAUACGGAUACUUUGAAAUGUCCUAUCACUUGUGAAUUGUUUCGCGAACCUGUUACUGGUCAAGAUGGUCAUACAUACGAACGAGAUGCUAUUAUAGCAUGGCUUCAAAAAGCUGGUACCAGUCCAAUCGCAGGUGAUCCCAUGACUAUUGAUUCAUUACGACCAAAUCAUGUUGUCAAACAACUCGUUGAUGAAUUCAAAUCAUCAUCAUUACAAAAACAUUUUCUUUUCAAAUUUGGUAUUGAUAUAAGAAAAGCAGGAAGACGACCUAUCUUUCAAACACAAGGGAAAUAUAUUUAUAGAGCUGAAUGGAUAUCAAAACCUGGUCCUGAUGUUGUGCUACUGAAAAUCGAAGGAGCUAAAGCAAAUCGAGAAGCAGCAUAUUAUGUUCAACUUGGUUCUCAUCCUCAUAUUGUUCAUACAUAUGGUAUGGUGGAAAACGAUUUCAAUGCUCUUAUGCUUGUACAAGAAUAUGCAACUGAAGGUGAUCUUGCACAUCUUUUAAAAGAAAACGAAUUUCAGCCAUCACAAUUGGUUCUAUUAGAAAUAUUUUUACAAAUUAUUGAUGCAAUGGUUUAUCUUGCUAACUAUGGUAUUGUACAUGGCGAUCUUGCUUGUCGUAAUGUAUUAGUUUUUCGUCUUCAUAAUUCCAAUCCACAAGAAAAUUUAGUCAAGUUGACUGAUUUUGGUUUAACACGUGCGAGCACAUUAUAUUCUGUUGUUGGUAGUACAGCAUCAACAACACUAGUUGUUGUUCCUCUAAGAUAUGCUGCACCAGAAAUUCUACUCAGUGCAGGCCUAUCGAAUUAUUCUGAAAAAUCAGAUGUCUAUUCAAUGGGUAUUUUAAUGUGGGAAGCCUGUUCUCAAGGGCAAUUACCUUAUGGAUCAAUCGACGAUGAUAAUGAAGUUCGUCGACUUAAAAUCAAAGGAGAAAUCUUGAGCCAACCUGAGAACUGUGAUGAAAAACUAUGGAAUAUAAUUGUUCAGUGUUGGCAUCAACAGCCUGAUAUUCGCCCAACAUUCAAAAUGUUGAAAGAAUCAUUGUUAGAGUUACAUCCACGAUCAAUAAUCAGUUCGAAUAGUAUUAAAAACAAAAGCGCCGAAAAUGAAACGGAGACUAUCAUUCAAAAUACAACUGAGAGUCCGGUACAAUCGAGCACAGACACUAUUGUAGAUGAUCCUUUGUUUAACGAAAAUCCUUCGACAACGACGACAACGAUAACUUGUAGUUUUUGUAAUAACCAUUUACCUGGUCUUGGUAAAUAUAUUCAUGAUCAGACUUUGAUCAAACUCGAUUUGACUACGCACAAUAUCGAUGACGACAAAGUACAACAUGUUGCUGAUAUUCUACAAGGGAACACGACACUAAGAGAACUGAACCUGGAGAAAAAUCGCAUCGGACUGAAAGGGGCACGACAAAUCGCGAGAGCUCUACGCAAUAACCAAACACUCAUCGAGCUAAACAUUUCUCAUAACCAGAUUGGCGAUGAAGGAACUCAAUACCUAGCUGAAGCACUAUGCCAAAACGAAGAACAAAACAAACUCAUUGAUCGUCUGCGACAACUAGCACCAAAACAGGCAGCUUAUCUUUCUAAUACAACUAGAAUUAAUCAAGUUUUAAAAAUACUGCACAUAUGCAACAACACUAUCACUGAUCGGGGUGCAAUGCAUCUCUCAGCAACUCUAAAGCACAAUAACAUCCUUACAACACUCAAUCUCGGCCACAAUCAGAUUGGUGACACAGGCGUACAGCAUAUCACUGAAGCACUAAUAAAAAAUCAGGUAAUUUCCUUUUGAAAAUACUCAGCAUUAAUACUCCCAUUGGUUACAAAUAGACCCUGACAACACUGAAUCUCGAGCACAAUCAGAUUAACGAGACAGGGGCGCAACAUAUCGCAGAAGCACUAAUCAAGAAUCGGGUAACUAGAUUUUGAAAAAUCUCGAAAUACUCAGUAUUAAUACUGCCAUUGGUUUCAAACAGACCCUGACAACACUGGAUCUCCGGACGAAUAAGAUUAGCGACACAGGGGCAAAACAUAUCGCAGAUACACUAACCGAGAAUCAGGUAGUUAUGCUUGAAACAUUCUGAAUAUACUCAACAUCAAUCCUGCCUUUGUUGCAAACAGACCUUGACAGCACUGGAUCUCCGGUCGAAUAAGAUUAGCAACAUAGGGGCACAACACAUUGCAGAUGCAUUAACCAAGAAUCAGGUAACUAGCUUUUGAAUAAUCUAAAAAUACUCAGUAUUAAUACUCCCAUUGAUUACAAACAGACCUUGACAGCGCUAGAUCUCGCUGAAAAUCAGAUUAGCGAGACAGGGGCACAACAUAUCGCCGAAGCACUAACCAAAAAUCAGGUAACUAGCUUUUGAAAAAUCUGGAAAUACUCAGUAUUAAUACUCCCAUUGAUUACAAACAGACCUUGACAGCGCUGAAUCUCGAUUAAAAUAAGAUUAGCGAGACAGGGGCACAACNUACUCAGAAUUAAUACUCCCAUUGAUUACAAACAGACCUUGAGAGCGCUGGAUCUCGCUGAAAAUCAGAUUAGCGAGACAGGGGCACAACACGUAGCAGAGGCACUAAUAAACAAUCAGGUAACUCGAUUUUGAAAAAUCCGGAAAUACUCAGUAUUAAUACUACCAUUGGUUACAAACAGACCUUGACAGCACAGGAUCUCCGGUCGAAUAAGAUGAGCAACAUAGGGCCACAACACAUUGCAGAGAGAUUAACCAAGAAUCAGGUAACUAGCUUUUGAAUAAUCUGAAAAUACUCGGUAUUAAUACUGCCAUUGAUUACAAACAGACCAUGACAACACUGAAUCUCAAGUCCAAUAAGAUUAGCAACAAAGGGGCACAACA